CUCCAGUCUCCCCCAACCAAAAUUUGACCGAGUUUGGCACGAAAGAAACCGCCUCGACGCCGUCCAACGGAAGCCAGCCGAGGCGACCAACCCAAGGGUAGGCCUAGGCGUAAACCCUGCACCUGAAUCGAUCGCCGGCGAUGGCCACGACGCUGACGCCGACGCAGCGCUACGCGGCGGGGGCGCUGCUGGCGCUCGCGCUCCGCCAGGCCCAGAUCCACCAGUCCGUCCUCCUCGGCGCCCACCACCACCACGACGACGACGACGAGGAACAGGGGCGCACCAGCACCAGCAGCGGCGGCGGCGGCGGCAGCUCCUCCUCCUCCUCCAACUCCGGCGCCGGCGCCGACGCCGACCUCUGGACACACGACUCCCACGGCCUCCUCCGCCCCGUCUUCAGGUUCCUGGAGAUCGAUCCCAAGGCGUGGUCGGGGCUGGAGGAGACGGCGGCGUCGUCCGAGGCCAAGCAUCACAUCGGCGCGUUUCUAAGGAUAAUAUUCGAAGAAGAUGGCGAAAGCUCCUCAGACAGAUCCGUUCAGGAGCUUGCCUUGGCAAAAGGAGUUGAUGUGAUGGUAAUGAGUUUGGGCAAUGACAGUGAAGUGGGUAACACAAUUAAAGGUGGGGAUCAAGAUGCUUUGCCUAGCAGCUCUGGAACAGAUAAAUCCCCAGGGGAAAGCUCUCAUGAUGACCAGUUAGGAAUCAAUAAAUUGACCUUAGAUGAUAUUCCUGCUAACAAUCACCGGAAGAUGGCAUUGCUGUUUGCUCUUCUCUCGGCUUGUGUUGCUGAUAAACCUGUAUCACAAGAGGAAGAGGACAGAAAAUCAACCCGCUUCAGAAAGGGUUAUGAUGCUCGGCAUCGUGUUGCUCUUCGGCUGCUAUCUACAUGGCUUGAUGUGAAGUGGAUCAAAAUGGAAGCAAUUGAGGUUAUGGUUGCAUGCUCUGCCAUGGCAGCAGCGAAAGAACAAGAACAAUCACAAGAAAGCGCAUCACCCAAAAGUAAAUGGGAAAAAUGGAAGCGUGGAGGAAUAAUUGGUGCAGCUGCUUUGACUGGAGGAGCACUGUUGGCUAUUACUGGGGGUUUAGCUGCUCCAGCAAUUGCUGCAGGGUUUGGUGCUCUUGCUCCAACCCUGGGCACACUUGUCCCUGUUAUAGGAGCUAGCGGAUUUGCUGCUAUGGCUACCGCUGCAGGAUCUGUUGCUGGCUCUGUGGCAGUUGCUGCAUCAUUUGGAGCUGCUGGAGCUGGCUUGACGGGGAGCAAAAUGGCCAGAAGAAUUGGGAGCGUGAAAGAAUUUGAGUUCAAACCUAUUGGUGAAAACCAUAAUCAGGGUCGGCUUGCAGUUGGCAUCUUAAUUUCCGGAUUUGCUUUUGAUGAGGAUGACUUUUGUAGACCUUGGGAAGGAUGGCAGGAUAACCUAGAGAGGUACAUCCUUCAAUGGGAGUCUAAGCAUAUAAUUGCAGUGAGUACAGCAAUACAGGAUUGGCUGACAUCAAGACUUGCUAUGGAAUUGAUGAAGCAAGGUGCAAUGAGAACCGUAUUAAGUGGUCUUCUUGCAGCAUUUGCAUGGCCAGCUACACUGCUUGCGGCUACAGACUUUAUUGAUAGUAAAUGGUCUGUUGCUAUUGACAGAUCAGAUAAGGCAGGAAAAAUGCUUGCUGAAGUGCUUCUCAAGGGAUUGCAAGGAAAUAGGCCUGUGACUCUCAUUGGGUUUUCACUAGGUGCACGUGUUAUAUUUAAGUGUUUACAGGAACUUGCUUUAUCGAGUGAUAAUGAGGGACUUGUUGAGAGGGUGGUUCUUCUUGGUGCUCCAGUUUCUGUGAAAGGCGAGCGGUGGGAGGCUGCAAGGAAGAUGGUUGCUGGAAGAUUUGUGAAUGUGUACUCCACAGAUGACUGGAUUCUUGGUGUUACUUUUCGUGCGAGUCUGCUAACACAAGGGUUGGCUGGCAUCCAGGCCAUUGAUGUCCCUGGUGUUGAAAAUGUCGAUGUUACGGAGCUUGUCGAUGGCCAUUCGUCUUACCUGUCGGCAGCACAACAGAUACUGGAGCAUCUUGAACUAAAUACCUACUAUCCGGUUUUUGUUCCCCUGAGCGCAGCCAACGAAGAAACAGAUGGAACAGUUGCACAGUAACGUGUGGGCAGGAUUCGAUGAAAAUCGUAUGUAGACAACCAAAUGUAACAGACUAUAUAUACAACCAAAUGUAACAGACUAACUCGUUCAAACUGUAAACCAGUCUCAGCCUGAGGCGAAUGUGUCUGGUUGGUGAGGCUUGCUGUUUCUGGCCGUGUCAAACAAUCUGUGUUCGUGAAUCGCGAUUCCGUUCCUUGGCUUGAA